CCGGCCAGCGGGAGCCGAGCGAGGGCAGUAGCCGGGGCCCAGCUCGCCCGGCUCGGCAGGGGCGCACCGCAGACAGCGGCGGGGCCUGGGCGAGCAGGAGGGGCCGAGGCGGCGCGGGGGCGGGCGAGCCUGUCCCCGCCCCGCAUGCCGUUCGGCCCGGCGGCCGCGAGAGGCCGGGGACCCGCGCCGGGUGGGCGCAGCGGAGCGCGCCGGCGGCCCUGGCCCCAGCGGGAGCGACGGGUGGGCGGACGCCCGCCUUCGCCUGCAUCGCUGUCUUUCCCCCGGGCCGUUGUCCCCCGGGAUGUGAGGGCCGCAGCUCCGCCGGCGGGGCCUGGAGUGGAGCGGAGAGCGGACGCAGACGCUCCACCUACUUUGGCCUGAACUCAGCCUCCGAGGGCUAAAAAUAUUGCCCCGAGGCUCCUGAGCGGAAUCAGAUCGUGCUAAGUAGGGCACAAGGCUGCAGAGGCGACCGAGCUAGCUCUUCGGCCCCGGGGCUGGAGGAAGACUCCUGAGCAGCGGCUCCCACCUACGCUCGGCGGCUAGCGGUCUCGCUGAGCCCAGCAGGCAAGUGCGGGGCCGCAGUGGUUCUCUGAAGUUGCCCCACAACCGCAGCCGUGCCUAGCUUCUCGCUACCCAUCAAUCACUGCUGGCUUCUCAGGGGGUCCUGCUUUAAAAGCAGUGGCCGAAAGUUACCCACUGAAGGAAUUAGAACUAUCAGGCAGAAGCCGUAGGGCUCUUCAUGUUAGAAACGUCAGCUGUGGCUUCUUUUUAAAUUCAUUCCAUGUUUCUGAAUGAGAGAGGAGCUGUGCCAGGCACUGUUUCUGGUUUGUGUGGAGGCCAGUAUGAAGCUGAAAAAGCAGGUGACAGUGUGUGGGGCUGCGAUCUUCUGUGUGGCGGUCUUCUCACUCUACCUCAUGCUGGACCGAGUGCAGCAUGAUCCCACCCGACACCAGAACGGUGGCAACUUCCCCCGGAGUCAAAUUUCUGUGCUGCAGAACCGCAUUGAACAGCUGGAGCAGCUGUUGGAGGAGAACCAUGAGAUCAUCAGCCACAUCAAGGACUCUGUGCUGGAGCUGACCGCCAACGUGGAGGGCCCACCUGCCCUGCUGCCCUACUCUAUGGCCAAUGGCUCCUGGGUGGUGCCACCAGAGCCCCGGCCCAGCUUCUUCUCUGUCUCCCCUCAAGACUGCCAGUUUGCUCUGGGGAGCCGGGGCCAGAAGCCAGAGCUGCAGAUGCUGGCUCUAUCAGAGGAGUUACCAUUUGACAACUUGGACGGCGGCGUGUGGAAGCAAGGCUUUGACAUCUCCUACAGCCCACACGACUGGGACACCGAAGACCUGCAGGUGUUUGUGGUCCCCCACUCUCACAAUGACCCAGGCUGGCUCAAGACCUUUGACAAGUACUACACAGAACAGACCCAGCACAUCCUCAACAACAUGCUAUCCAAGUUGCAGGAGGACCCCCGGCGGCGAUUCCUCUGGGCUGAAGUUUCCUUCUUCGCCAAGUGGUGGGACAACAUCAACGCCCAAAAAGAGGCAGCAUGGAGGUUGCUGGUGGGCAAUGGGCAGCUGGAGAUUGCGACAGGAGGCUGGGUGAUGCCAGACGAGGCCAACUCCCACUACUUCGCAUUGAUCGACCAGCUCAUUGAGGGACACCAGUGGCUGGAGAAAAACCUUGGUGCAACCCCGCGCUCAGGCUGGGCAGUGGAUCCCUUUGGAUACAGCUCCACCAUGCCUUACCUGCUGCGCCGUGCCAACCUGACCAGCAUGCUGAUCCAGAGGGUGCAUUAUACCAUCAAGAAGCACUUCGCCGCCACCCACAGCCUGGAGUUCAUGUGGAGGCAGACCUGGGACUCGGACUCCAGCACGGACAUCUUCUGCCACAUGAUGCCCUUCUACAGCUACGAUGUCCCCCAUACGUGUGGCCCAGACCCCAAGAUCUGCUGCCAGUUCGAUUUCAAGCGCCUGCCCGGUGGGCGCAUCAACUGCCCUUGGAAGGUGCCACCCCGGGCUAUCACCGAGGCGAACGUGGCCGAGAGGGCAGGCCUGCUCCUGGACCAGUACAGGAAGAAGUCCCGGCUCUUCCGAAGCAACGUCCUCCUGGUGCCGCUGGGCGACGACUUCCGUUAUGACAAGCCCCAGGAGUGGGACGCCCAGUUCUUCAACUACCAGCGGCUCUUUGACUUCCUCAACAGCAAGCCUGACCUCCACGUGCAGGCUCAGUUUGGCACCCUCUCUGACUAUUUUGACGCUCUCUACAAGAGGACAGGGGUGGAGCCGGGGGCCCGGCCUCCCGGUUUCCCUGUGCUGAGUGGCGAUUUCUUCUCCUACGCGGACCGGGAAGACCAUUACUGGACAGGCUAUUACACUUCCCGGCCUUUCUACAAGGGCUUGGACCGUGUCCUGGAAGCCCACCUGCGGGGGGCAGAGAUUCUGUACAGCCUGGCUGUCGCCCACGCCCGCCGCUCUGGACUGGCUAGCCAUUACCCGCUCUCGAACUUGGCCCUUCUGACGGAAGCUCGGCGCACAUUGGGGCUCUUCCAGCACCACGAUGCCAUCACCGGCACCGCCAAGGAGGCAGUCGUGGUGGACUAUGGGGUCAGGCUUCUGCGCUCCCUUGUCAAUCUGAAGCAGGUCAUCAUUAACGCAGCUCACUAUCUGGUGCUGGGGGACAAGGAAACCUACCACUUUGACCCUGAGGCUCCCUUCCUGCAAAUGGAUGACAGCCGCACAAAUCACGAUGCCCUACCAGAGCGCACAGUGAUCCAGCUGGAGUCUUCACCCAGGUAUGUGGUGCUCUUCAACCCACUGGAACAGGAGCGGCUCAGCCUGGUGUCCCUGCUAGUCAACUCACCCCGGGUGCGGGUGCUUUCAGAGGAGGGUCAGCCCCUAGCCAUUCAGAUCAGCGUGCACUGGAGCUCUGCCACCGACCUGGUCCCCGACGUCUACCAGGUGUCUGUGCCUGUCCGCCUGCCGGCGCUGGGCCUCAGCGUGCUGCAGCUGCAGCUGGGCCUGGAUGGGCCCCGCACCCUGCCCUCCUCCGUGCGUGUCUACCUUUAUGGGCGGCAGCUGUCUGUCAGCAGGCACGAGGCGUUCCCCAUACGCGUCAUCGACUCUGGCACCAGUGACUUUGCCCUCAGCAACCGCUAUAUGCAGGUCUGGUUCUCAGGCCUUACCGGGCUCCUCAAGAGCAUCCAAAGAGUGGACGAGGAGCAGGAGCAGCGGGUGGAUACGGAGUUCCUCAUCUAUGGCACCCGCACGUCCAAAGACAAGAGUGGAGCCUACCUCUUCCUUCCUGAUGGCGAGGCCAAGCCCUACGUCCCCAAGGACCCGCCCGUGCUGCGCAUCACAGAGGGCCCCUUCUUCUCAGAGGUGGUUGCCCACUACGAGCACGUUCACCAGAUAGUUCGGCUUUAUAACCUUCCAGGGGUGGAGGGGCUGUCUCUGGACAUGUCCUUCCUGGUGGACAUCCGGGACUACAUCAACAAGGAGCUGGCCCUGCGCAUCCACACAGACAUCGACAGCCAGGCUACCUUCUUCACGGACCUCAACGGCUUUCAGGUGCAGCCCCGGCGGUUUUUGAAGAAGCUGCCCCUGCAGGCCAACUUCUACCCCAUGCCGGUCAUGGCCUACCUCCAGGACGCUCAGAACCGCCUCACGCUGCACACCGCCCAGGCCCUGGGUGUCUCCAGCCUCCGUAGUGGCCAGCUUGAGGUGAUCUUGGACCGGCGCCUAAUGCAGGAUGACAACCGGGGCCUGGGCCAGGGGCUCAAGGACAACAAGAGAACCUGCAACCAUUUCCGCCUCCUGUUGGAACGGCGAACCCCGGUCAGGGAGCCUGGCUUUUUCUCCAAACUGGCAGCCAUGUUUAGGGGCUUGAUCUUUCACAACAGCAGGAGCAGGAACCACGAGGUUCACGAUGGCCUCCCUACCAGCUACCCGUCCCUCCUCAGCCACCUGACCUCCAUGUACCUGAAUACCCCUGUGUUUGCCCUGCCCGUGGCCAAGAAGCAGCCCCCAGGUCUUGCUCUGCGCUCAUUUCACCCUCUGGCAUCCUCAGUGCCCUGUGACUUCCACCUGCUCAACCUGCGUUCGCUCCAGGCCAAGGAUGAAAACGUGCCCGCAGCAGAAACCGCACUCAUCUUACACCGCAAGGGUUUUGACUGUGGCCUGGAGGCCAAGAACUUGGGCUUCAACUGCACCACAAGCCAAGGCAAGGUGGCCCUGGGGAGCCUUUUCCAUGGGCUGGACGUGCUUUUCCUGCAGCCAACCUCCUUGACUUUGCUGUACCCUCUGGCCUCACCAUCCAACAGCACUGACAUCUUUGUGGAGCCCAUGGAGAUCGCCACCUUCUGCCUCCGCCUGGGCUAGGGCUUCUCGUGGCCUGAAGAGAAGCUCCAUCCACAGAGACUGCCUCUUCCGAGAAGGUCGGGCUGGGCCAGCCGCCUCGGGUAUCCCUUCCCGAUCUACCUCUCAGAACCGCGACAGACUGGGCUCUGCCCUCAAUUUCUGUUUCUCAUUGCUUCUGCAUUUGGGGGCAACCCACAAGCGCAGUGUUGGGCGGCCAGGGCAGGUGCCAGGGAGAUGCAGGCGGGAUGGCCUUUGGCCAGAGUGGGCGGUGCCAGCCUCUGCUUUGAGUCGUGAGUGUCCACCUGGUCGGGCCCAGGCUCAAGCCCUCAUCCUUCCCCCAAGUGGGAUGGAGGAGAAGCAAGGGAGACGUCAGGGUCACUGUGCGAGCUGGCUCUAGGGCAGUCCUGUGGCUGUGUAAGAUCCACCUAUCCUCGUGUGACAAGCGGCAGCAAAGUGAUGCCGGGAGGCAGGGGAUGGGAACCCCGAACGGGCAGUGGGGCAGAGGAGUAGGAGGAAUUGCUGCUUUCUGUGACGGCUCCACUCUAAGCACUCCCUGACCCGCAUGCCCUAGCCCAGGGCUACGGUGUGGCAGGAAGGACUCGCAAAGUCUGUCAUGGCCAGAGGUCAUAGGACACUUCAGGUACCAAAACCCCCAUCUUAUACUGGACACCUGGCCUAUGUGUUGAUUUGCGGGAUGGUGGCCCCUACAUGACUUCUCUUAGGUUCCAGCACUCUGUACACCACUGUCCCCAAGAGCUCCUUCCUAUCAUGGGGCUCUUUGCUCGGGUGAAUUUCCUUUCCCUGGAAGAAAGUGAAGCCCCCACAGCAGCCUGUGUGGUGGGCAACUGGGGAAGGCUUUCAUCACCCCCCCCUGCAGCCAGGCAGGAAGCUUCACCUUCAUGCACCCUUCUAUGGACGUAUCCGAUUCCUGGCACCAGGACUAGGGCUCUGUACACUAAAUUAGGAGGCACCCCGGCUGCCAGUCAGCCUUCCUUGCAGCUUGGAUUAGCAGAGAAACAUUUAUGAUCAUUUCUAUAGAUGCUGAAAUGAUAACCAGUAAAUUUAAAAUCCAUCCCUUACUGAACUCUCUAUAGGUUAAGACGAGAAAGAAACAUCUGGAUUUAGAUAAAGGUGUCUCCAUCUGAAACCAACAGUCAGUGGCAUUCUAAAGAGUCAGACACCACAGGCGUCCCCAUAAAUUCUGAAAUUAGCCAAGGACAUACUCUUGUUUUCAGGAGGUUCCUACACUGCUACCCCCUGCAGUGUGGCAGAGGAGAGAGCUGAGAAGGAUUGCACCUGUCGUUAUUGUAGGUGACAGCCGGCCAACCUGUACAGCCAGAGAAGAUCAACUUAAGGCCGUAAUAGAGCAUACGCUGGGCCAGCGCCCACAGGGGAUGUCUCGUUCCUGUCGAGAUUCUCCCAGUCAGCUCCUACAUUUGGUGCAUUCCAGUGAGACUUGAUCUUUUUUGGAAUUUGACAGGUUCUCGUGUUCAUUUGAAGGAGGGACUGUAUGAGAACAAUAAGAAAAUUCUGAAUGAUGAGUUGGGGGCAGGGGUGCUAGGUGUGGGGAAAAGGCACUCAUCCCGUGGAAUUUCCAGAAGGACUCCUGACCAACCGUUCGUUCAGUCGGUGUGACCUGGAGUGGGAUCAGACUGCUGGAACCAAAGAGGGAGCCUAGCCACAGACGCAAGGGUGUGGGGACUUGGUUACAAGAUACAAGGAGUAUUUUAAGUGGGAAAAAGAUGGAUUAUUUAAUAAACAGUACUUUAUGACAACUGCC